AUGCUCCCGUUCUUCCUUCUCCUACCUCCGAUUCCUCUAGCACCGACUGUCGGUGCUAACACUGAGCGGCAGGCGCGUGACAUUGCCGUCGACCAGCACCUUGGAUCUCUGGAGGAGUUUGUCUCCGGCGUCCCGGAGCGCGCCGCCGAGGAGGACCGCCGCCUCGUUCUGCUCGAGCAGCGGGCUGCGUCGACUCAUCGUCGCGCGGAGGCGUUCGAUCUGCGAGUUGCUCAGCUUGAGGACUACACCAACUCCCAGUACACCGCCGCCGUUGUCGUCGACAACUGGGGCGCCCACUUCGACGAGCGUGUCUCCGACCUCGAGCACCGCAUGAACGAGCUGGAGCUCAUCCGCCUCUAUGAAAUCUGGGACGAGCGCGUGUCUGCGCUGGAGACUGUCGUGGUGGAUCUGGAGGCAUGGCGGCCCGGUGUGGACGGCUUCAUCGACGACACCCGUCUAAAGAUGCUGCGUCUCACCAAGCAGUGGGAUCGAGCGAUGUUGGAGACACCUGCUCCACCCGUUCUCCUGGUACUGCCUGAGUCGAUCGCUGAGCGCUCACCUGCCGGGCAAAUGAUCGACUGGCCCAAGGGGCACGGCGUUGAAUCGACUACACAGGAGAGGAACUAUGGAUCGGUAACGACCAUAGUUCCUACCCAGCCAAUGGCUCGCAAUCACUUCGAGAUGUAUUCUGUUCAUCCUUCUGUUUGGAUUCGUAUCGCCACCCAUCAUUUCACACAUGCUGCUGCUCUAUAUUCGCCUAAGUCGACGACCAUCAAGGGAGCUCUGCCCCUGCCUCCUCCCCCGCCGCGUCCCGCCCUCCUUCCUGCACCAAUUGAGCGGCGCGCGGGGGACGACAAGAAGCCUGGGAAUCAACCAGCGCGUUUGGAUGACAAGCUGUCUAUGCUCCGCUCGUUUCGCAAGGCUCGCGGGUUGUGCGUCCGCUGUGGUGACAAGUGGGUGCCCGGCCACAAAUGUGCCGCCACGCCACAGCUUCAUGCACUUCAGAAAGUGUGGGAGAUGUGCCAAGAAUAUUUCUCUGAGUCCGACAGUGCUUCUCCUCAAGAUGAUACACCUUCUCCAUCUUCUGAGAUGUUUUUGAUGCUGUCCUCGGCUGCCGUAUCAGGCCAGUCUGCUCCAAGGACGAUGCAGUUCCAGGGCUCUAUCUAUGGUCAGACUGUGCUGAUAUUGAUUGAUUCUGGAAGCAGCCAUUCUUUCCUCAAUGCAGCUCUGACUCCACAUAUGCCUGGUAUUCAGCAGUUGUCAGCUCCUGUUACUUCACUUCAGAACCACAAGUUUCACUCAAAUCUACGGCUACUUCCUUUAGCCAGCUAUGACAUGAUCAUUGGAAUGGAUUGGCUUGAGGCUUUCUCUCCUAUGAAGGGCUUGUCCCCUGAAUCCGAGAAGUGUUCAGUACUCCAACUCUAUCAGAUUGCUGCUGAUUCCAGUGGUUCUUCUGCUCAGACAAUGCUUCCUGAGUCCACGGCCGGAUCCAGGGCCUCCGACAUCGGAUGUGGCGUCUGGUGCGACACUGUCGGGGUGGAUCCGAGCCCUCUAUGGUCCAAUCUGGUGAGGUCUACUGCGGAUCCGGUGAGGGUUGCGGUGCUAGUGGAGCAGCAAGGGGCGGACGAGACGGAGGCCCUUCCGGGACCUUGUGGUCCGGAUCUGGCGUCAGGGCCGCCGUCUGCAGUCCUUGUGGAUGUCGUGGACAUGCCUCCUUCUUGCGCAUCUAGGAGUCCACUUCGGCACGCCAUCGGUGUGGUCCCCUAG